AUGGCCCCCCGCAACCGCUACUCGGUCAUUCUGCCCACCUACAAUGAGCGCCAGAACCUCCCUGUUAUGUGCUGGCUGCUGGAGCGCACCUUUCGCGAGAACAACCUAGACUGGGAAAUCGUGAUCGUCGACGACGGCUCCCCCGACGGCACCCUCGAAGUCGCCAAACAGCUGCAACAACUCUGGGGCGAGAAGCACAUCAACCUGAAGCCGCGCGAGGGCAAGCUCGGCCUAGGCACAGCCUACGUGCACGGCCUGAAGUACGCGACCGGCAACUACGUGAUCAUCAUGGACGCCGACUUCAGCCACCACCCCAAGUUCAUCCCGAUCAUGAUCGACAUCCAGCGCCAGACCGAUGCGGACAUUGUCAGCGGCACGCGCUACGCUAGCCGCGGCGACGUCAAGGGCGGCGUGUACGGCUGGGACCUGUUCCGCAAGCUGACGUCGCGCGGUGCGAACCUCAUCUCGGAUGUGGUGCUUAUGCCUGGUGUGUCGGAUGUGACGGGCAGCUUCCGGUUGUAUAAGAAGAGUGUGUUGGAGAAGGUUAUCUCUAGUACGCAGAGCAAGGGGUAUAGCUUCCAGAUGGAGAUGAUGGUGCGCGCUAAGGCGAUGGGGUUCAAGGUCGCUGAGUGUCCGAUUACGUUUGUGGAUCGCUUGUAUGGGGAGAGUAAGUUGGGCGGGUCGGAGAUUGUCGAGUAUCUGAAGGGGGUGUUUAAUCUGUGGUUGCGUGUUUGA